AUGGACAUCAGCCUGGGGAACAGAGGAGGCCGGAGGAUGCCCGUAUGCCAGGCUGCCACACGCCCCCAAGGCUCAGCGUUAUGCCAGAAACCCUACCAAGUUCAAAGUAAUCUGGCCAGCCCCCGCCCCCACCUGGCCCCUGCCCUGAAGGACACAACCGACCAACUAGGUGACACAGGUCUUUGGCAACAGAGUAACCUACAGCUUCCAGCAGGGAGGUCCCCGGGGAGGUCCCGAGAGCCCUUUGCACAGCAGAGUAACCUGUGCUACAGAGGAAUCCCUAGUUCUCAUUUGCGCAACAGCUGCCUGCCACCAACAGGCCCAUCCUCCUGCCAGAGGCAGACACUCCAGGUCACAGACACCCUCUGCUUGGACAUGAGACUCUCUGGGGGCUUGGCACCUCUUGACAAGUGCACACGGCCCGGCCCCAGGCUCUGGUGUGGUUCAGGGAGCAGGGUACCCAGGCUCAUGGGGGAGCCCCUUACCUUGGAGGAUCUGUCUGUGUCUGUCCACUGCCAGUCUUGGGCCCAUUCCUGUUCCGCAUGCAGCUCCGCGAGGCCCGGCUGGAGGCAGCAUGGGGACAGCAUGCAGAAGCCCUGCAGGCCUGGAGCUUCCAAGAGGUGCUUUAGGGCCUGGCAACGGCUCACUCAAAGAGCGGCCCAGUACAGGAGACACCUGGCCCGCCAAAGAGUGAGGCUCCUGAGGAUAUGCCUGGGACAGUGGAUGAAGAUGAGGCAGCUCCAGGCCUCAGAUGUGGCAAAGGUGGCUCAGUUGGCCUUCUACCAGCAGAAGGCAGGGAAUAAGACCUUCAGCAUCUUAGUCCCAGGAACUGCCGCCACCCAUUGCCUGGAGACAGUGGUCCAGGCCCAGCAGCUACCCAUGGAGCCAGAUCGGUGCUCCCUAUGGGAAGCCUGCCAAAUGUUGGCCCUGCACCGGGUCCUGCUGCUCUGGAGGACGCGACUUUACCAGCACCAGCAAGCCGUCUCCUUUUUGCAGGGCAUGCAGAAGCGGGUUCUGCAGUACCUCCUGAGGCAGUGGCGCUUGAGGGUCUGGGGUCCAGACCCUCCCUCAAGCAGCCUGGAGACCAUGUUAGCACUGGAGCUAUGGGACAACAGCCUGGGAGGGGAGGCCUGGCCCAGCUGCAGAACAUCAGGAGGGUCACUGGAGAAGGUGCGGGUCCAGCAGACUCAGGGAGCAGUGAGGUGGUACAGGCGUACCCUCCAGAGGCGCUAUUUCCAGGCCUGGUGUGAACGCAUGAGGGACGUAGAAGCGUCCCCGGGCCAGCAUCAAGGACAAGCCUUCCAGGACGACCUGAGAAGAGGCCUGGGGGCCACACUUGCUAGCUCACAGGAGGCCUGCAGAGCGGGGCCCCUGGCACAGGAUCGAGGUUGUGUUGUCCUUGGCCUGCAGGAACAGGCACCGACAGUGUCAGUGGAUCCAGGCUUCGCAGCGGGCCAGGUGCCUGGCAAGGGCAUGGCAGCUCUGGGUAGAUGUUUACUGGGCGGAGCAGCUGUCUCGGACCCUGCUCAGACAGUGGCACCUGGACCAGGCCUGGAGGACAUGGCGGAAAAGGGUCCUUCAGCUGCAGGUGGCUCAGCGGUUACUCCAGCAGGAAGAAGCUGGGCCUUUGGAAAGUGGUAUCGGCGCCUGGUAGCCAAGAGCCCACGAGAAGAACCAGACAUAGCAGGUGUGGAGCAGAGCAGGGCCCAGCAGCAGCUGUGCUGUGAGCUACGCCACCCGAGAAACAAACAGAAUUGGGCCAGGCCCACAGCUGGAGGCUCAGCUCCCAGAGCUCUGGGGGCACAAUAA